AUUUUAAUGAAUGAAGUCGGUGUUUGUUGUUUUAUCACAGAAGCAAUGUUUUUCUGUUUAUAGGGAUGUUGAUAGUUAAUUUUCAAUAAAAUACUUUGAAAUGAAUCUAACAGACUUAAAUUCCGGGGGAAUGGAGGCAGUGAAAUCGUUUAAUGGCGAGCUAUCGUCUUUGUACGAAGUCAAGCCCCCGAUAUCCAAAGCAAAAAUGACUGCCAUCACAAGGGGGGCGAUCAAGGCCAUAAAAUUCUAUAAGCACGUAGUACAGAGUGUGGAAAAAUUUAUACAUAAGUGCAAACCUGAGUACAAAGUUCCUGGCCUGUAUGUAAUCGACUCCAUUGUAAGACAGUCAAGGCACCAAUUUGGAGCAGAAAAGGAUGUGUUUGCUCCAAGGUUCUCGAAAAACCUGCAGAGUACAUUUGUGAACCUCUUCAAAUGCCCUCCUGAGGACAAGAGCAAGGUGAUCCGUGUGCUCAACCUGUGGCAGAAGAACUCUGUGUUCCAAUCGGAGGUGAUCCAGCCGCUGUUCGACCUGGCGGACCCCAACCACCCCAUCCACCAGGAGCAGGCGGCGCUGGCGGCGGCCAGUGUCACCAGCAACGGGCUGGGGGCCUCCUCCGCGGGGCGGACCCCUCCUCCCUCGGGCGUCGCCCCCUCCCGGGCCCCGCCCGGCUCGGGCAAGGCCCAGGCGGCGGGCAAGCAGGACCAGGCGGGCCAGCCCGUGUGGCUGUCCCUGGCCCAGUCGCAGAUAGAGGCGGCCAGCAACGCGGUCAAGCAGCUGGCGGGACCCAGCGGCAACGCCGUUCCGCCCCCCAAGCCCACCACUCCGGUCCAGAUGACUGCCCAGAGCGUGGAUGCCAACAUCAUCUUACAGCUGCAGCAGCUGCAACAGCUGCUUCUGAAGCAGCAGCAACAGGAGAUAGCUGCCCAGCAGGAGUCCCCGAAGGUCAAGUUUGACAAGAAGCUGCUGGACUUCGACUACGGGUCGGAGGACGACGACGAGAACACGUCGCCCAAGUCGGCCUCCACGAGCCAGCAGCACUCUGGGUCCCAUGGUUCCUCCCACUCGCACGCCCACUCCCACUCCCACUCCCACUCCCACUCCCACUCGGCGCAGCAAGGGGCUGCCCCCGCCCCGGCACCGGCCCCAGCCGCCGCAGCGCCCGCCGCCGGCCUUGAGACGCUGCUGUCCAACCCGGAGGUGCUGCGGCAGCUGCAGACGCUGCAGCUGCAGAUGUCGCAGCAGCAGGUGGAGAUGGAGGAGAAGAUCCGCAAGCUGCAGGAGAUGAAGCAGCAGGAGGAGGAGUUCGACAAGCACCUGGCCCAGACAGUGCCUAACCUGCCGUUUGCGUCGGAGUGCGACCUGAAGCCGUCGUCGGAGGGGAAGCACAACCACCACCACCAUCACCACCACCAGCAGCUACAGCAGCAGCAGCAGCAGCAGCAGCAGCAGCAGCAACAGCAGCAGCUACUGCAGCAGCAGCAGCUACAGCAGCAGCAGCAGCUACAGCAGCAGCAGCUACAGCAGCAGCAGCAGCAGCAGCAGCAGCAGCAGCGGUACGACCCCCUCGAGUACGACCAGAACAAGCCCGCGUACACCUACCCCGUGGCCGACAUGACCCAGCCCCCGCCCGGCUACACCUCGGGUGCCCAUCAGCAGGACGACUCGCUGGAGGACGGGGAGCACGUGGACUCGGGAAGUGAAUAUCAGGGGAUGCAAGACUCUCACAACUCUGUGGAGAUCAUCAACUUGGACGCUGGCCGGUCGCGGAGUCCCACGCCCUCCGGCGCCAAGGGGUUCAAGAAAAGGCACAGCAGGUCACGCUCGCGAGACCGGCGACACAGAAGGAGCCGCUCUCGCUCCCUGUCGGAUGAAUCACGCUUGAAGCAAGUCAAGAGAAGGAGGUCAAGAUCUCGAGACAGGGAGAGGGAUAGAGAGCGUGAAAGAGAGCGCGAGCGAGAACGGGAACGCGAGAAGGAAAAGGAAAAAGAGAAGGAGCGCGAGAGGAGGAAGAAGGGUUUGCCUCCCAUCAAGAAAGAGCACUUGAGUGUGUGCAGCACAACACUGUGGGUGGGACACUUGUCGAAGCUUGUUCAUGAAGAGGAACUAUCGGACACUUUCGGGGAGUACGGGGACAUAGUGUCGAUUAAUGUGAUCCCACCAAGAGGAUGUGCAUUUGUGUGUAUGAAUCGGCGCCAGGAUGCGUUUCGGGCACUACAAAAACUCAAGAACAACAAACUUCAAGGGAAGGCUAUAACUUUGGCAUGGGCUCCAGGAAAGGGUGUAAAGGGCAAAGAGUGGAAAGAUUUCUGGGAGGUGGAUCUCGGAGUCUCUUACAUACCGUGGGAGAAGCUCCCGAAAGAUUUUGACGUUGAUGUUCUUGAAGAUGGAGGCAUGAUUGACGAGGAUACACUUCCAGAUUGGUUGAAAUCACAAUCUCAGCAGGAACUGCAACAGCAGCAGCUACAACAACUGCAACAGCAGUUCCAGCAGCAGCAGCAGCAGCUACAACAGCAGCAGCAGUCCUCACAAGCCUCGUCCGUGCAGUCCACGCCGUCCAUCCCCACGGAGUCCAUGACCCCGGCGGACAUGAACGCUCCCCCGCCGGGCUUCAUCGCGGUGCCCGACGCAGUGUCCCGGCAGCAGUCCAUGGUGGACACCACCCAGCCGCCCCCGCUGCGGCCGCCCGACGCACUGCCCACGCCCGCGGGGCUGUCAGCUCCGGGCAUGCCUGGCAUGCCCGCCGGCAUGGCUGCGGUGCCUCCGCCCGGGACCAUGCAGAUGGUUGCGCCCUUCGCCAUCCCCAAUGUACCUCGCCUCUUAGCUCCAAUGGGGAUGCACAUGGGUCCAGGCAUGGUGCACAACGUGCCCAUUGGCGUGCCUCCCCCCGGCAUGCAGGGGCUCAUGAUGCAUCAGCAGAUGAUGGGCGGCGUGCCCCCUCCAGUCAACUCUCCCUUCAACCCAGGUGCACCUGUGGGCAUGCUAGCCCAGAUCCCACUGCCUGCUCCAGGGGCACCCCAGGACAAGCCCCCCGCCACGGGCAUGCCCCCCAACGUGGUCAUGCCACCCAAUGCAGGCAUGCUGCCGACGGGCAUGGGCAUGCCGCCUACAAGCAUGCCCUCCUCUAUGCCGACACCGGUUUCCGAGGCCACUCGGCAAGGCUUGAGUGACCUCAUGCAGUUCGGGGCUCUGCCACAAUUACAGCAAGCACACCAAUUAAGACUGGCUUCAAUGAAGCAAGAUGACAUGUCUGUUGAUAUGAACAUCAGUGAUGAUCAGCAGACAAGCAAAGGGACACAGCAUGAGCCAGCUAUGAGGCUGAGUGACCAGCUGCUGGCGGCCAUCUCUGGGACUCAGUCGUUCAGGAACGCCAUGGGUGGCGGCCAGGGUCUGCUUGGUUACCAGGGGAACAUGCCCCCGCCGUUACUGUCGGACGAACAGAUCCAGCAGAUUCAUCAGCAGCAGCACCAGCAGCAACUGGGCGCGGCGCUGGCCAAGGCCAGCCAAGAACUGGCCAAGGACGACGCGGAGAGGAACAAGAGUCGAGAAGAUAGGAACAGGUCUCGGGACAGGGAUCGCGACAGGGACCGCGACCGCGAGAGAGACCGGGAAAGAGAUCGCGAGCGGGACAGGGAACGAGACAGGGAACGUGACAAAGACCGCGGAGACAGGGAAAGCAAGGACAAAGAUAAGGACAAGGACAAGGACAAGGACAAGGACAAGGACAGAGACAGGGAGCGAGACAGAGACCGUGACACUCGGAGAGACCGGGAUCGCGACGGUGGUCGCCGGGAUCGGGACAGGGACAGAGACAGGGACAGGGACCGCGGUGAUCGCCGCGGUGGGCGCGACAGGGAACGAGAUAAGGAGCGUGGUGGAGACAGGGACUGGAAGGACAAUGACGACAGGGGUCGUCCCGCUGCUGCAGAAAGUACGCCCAUCUCGCCUUGGCUGCCGGUACAGUCGCUGGUGGAGCCGCAAGACGCAGGCAAGGACAAGCCCAGCCUGCUGGACCGGCUCCGAAGCCUGGCUAACGACGGCCACACUAACACUGGCCCGGACAAGGAUGACAGGAUGAGUAUGCGGGACAGAAGCAGCAGUGGGGACCGUGACAGAAGCCGGGACCGCGACCCGCGGGCCAGGGAUGGCGUUCCCCCGCCGGCACUAGACAUGCCUCCCCCCCAGCAGGAGCCCCCGGAGAGAGCGCCGGUGGAGGGAUCUCCCGUCGCACCCCUGCUGAGGUUCCCUGGGCCAAGGGUGCCAGGGGAGGCUGCCGCUGCACCCCAUCCUCCUUUCCAAGGUCCUCCGGGCUUCAGUCCUCGGGGCCCUCCUCCGGAAAUGUUCAGACCACCGCCAGGUCCCGGGAACUUCCGGCCACCUCCCUCGUUUGGCCCCAGGGGCUCAGCCCCUCCGGAGAGGGAGGGUAAGUUUGAUCCCCGGCGGGAGAGAGAGGCGUUCGAUCCCAGGAACCACGAUGGAUCGAGACACCCUCCUGAAGACUUCCCUCCUGUGCCGGCCCACCCAGAUGAGUUUGACAUCCUGCCCCUUCAGAAGGAAGAGUUUGAGGUGCGCAAGAGGCACCAGGCAGAGUUUGAGCUGAGAGAGAGACGACCCGACGACUUCAACGACAGGAAUGUACGUCCAGAUGACUUCAGUGACAGGAAUGUACGUCCAGAUGACUUCAAUGACAGGAAUGUACGUCCAGAUGACUUUGAACUGAUGUCCCAUCGUCCUCCGGACGGCUUUGAGCACCGGGGUCCUAUCCGGGACUUGUUCGACCCCAGGAUGGCACACCCGGACGACUUUGACAUCCGGGGCCCGCCCCCACCCAUGGAAGCUUUUGGGCAUGAAUUCUACCCUCCGCAGCGGGACGGCUUCAUGCCCGGUCCGAGGGGCUUGAUGGGUCACGGGCCACGCGGACCUAUGAUGGGCCCGUACAUGGGGCCACGAGGACUCGCAGUUCCGAUGUUCCACCAUCGAGGCCCGCCCGGCCACAUGGGCAUGAGAGGGCCCCGGCCAGGUGUGUGGAUGGAGGGCCAGGGCAUGCCAGGGGUGUUCGGGCGAGCGGAGGGCGGCCGUCCUGACGGCUUCUUCGGCCGGCCGGCGUUGGAGGAGCGCAGGGGCCGGGACCGCGGCGGCUGGGCCCCCAGGAGGCCUCGCGAGGACGGGAGGUUCCCGGGGUUCGGCAGGAGACGGGGAGGGGACGACGGAGGCUGGGCGCCCCGUCACGACGGGGGCCGCGGCCGCAAGUCCCGCUGGAGCGUCAUCUCUGCCGGCGAGGAUCCCGCUCGCGAGGAGUCGGGGGAGGUGGAGGAUGACGAGGCCGAGUUCGUGAUGACGGAGGACGGGGUCCAGUUGAAGUCGAAGGGAACGCCCAAAGAGGAGAGCGUGAUGGACGCGUCGCAGGGGGACAGCACCCCGUGUAACGAUGAAAAGGAAGCCCCGCCGGACGAAAAGCCGGGGCAGGCGGCCGCCGCGGAGACCGAGGCCGAUGCCGAGUGACGGUCGCGACUCGGUUAGACUCGAUGCGAGUGAAUGUGAACCUGUUUGAUCGUUGUUGCUCGUCACCGUGUACAAGUGUUUCGUGUACUGUUUUACUUCUUUUUCCACUCGUUCGAUAUGAGUUGAACAUAUUGUUGAUGGUUUCGUGAUUUGAAAAACCAAUGAAAGCAAAUUUUAUAUUUUUACGUAUUAAAAAAGAAAUUCUUGA